UUCGCGAGUUGAAGCCAUGAACACCAACAUCCUCCACAAUCUGUCUUCAAAAUUACCAUCAUCAUGCAUCCCCAUCCCGUUAAAACCUUCAACCACCACAGCACUAACUCAAAAUCUCCUAACAAACAGUUUCUGUGGACGAUCUAUCAGAAUCAUCCCCAUAAGCUGCACCACUGGCAGUACAAAUAACACUGAUGGCAGCGAUGCAGCUCCACAGCCAGUUCCUCCUCCGCCUACAAAACCACCAGACACCGUGGAAAUACGGUUUCGGAGACGCUCAAGAAGACAGAAACAGAAAAGGGAAGAUGGUGUGAGGAAUAAACAAACCGUAAAAAUGCAAGCUUCAGCUAGUACGACUCCUCCCAAGAACUGGGAUGAUAUGAGCCUCCAAGAGAAGGCAAUUGAACUCUACGUCGGAGAGAAGGGUAUGCUUUUCUGGCUCAACAAGUUUGCUUACGCUUCCAUUUUUAUCAUGAUCGGGGCUUGGAUACUUUUCCGGUUUGUAGGACCUGCGCUUAAUCUUUAUCAGUUGGAUUCUACUCCUCUCUCUCCUUCCUCCAUAUUCAAGGGGUCCUGAUAUUCAGCUCCCCACUGCUCAAUUAUUACCAGCUCCAAAAUCAACUAAACAAUAUUCCUUUCAUCCUUUUUUCUUCACUAUAUAUUUUUCUUAUAUCAUCGAGAAUUAGCUGCGUAGUGUGCAUCAUCUUGAGAAUAAUAAUAUUUGAUUAUGAAAACCUUCUUCCCCUGGUUGAAAACAAAUACA